AUGGUGUUUAACAAUGCUUCUGCGGUGACAAUGUUUCCUUCUUUUUUGAGGUUGCAGGAUUACAACGUCAAUAGGCUUCUAAUUGCAAUUACCUUGAUCUUAGGUAUUGGGCUAGCGAUAUUGUUUAGUAGGCCUGGCCGCAAGGACGAGGAGGGCACAAAAGGGACUGAACCUCCUGAGGUCAAAUCAAGGAUUCCACUAUUUGGGCAUUUGAUCGGUAUGCUGAAGGGACAAGUUGGCUACUUCCAGACGUUAAGGUAUGAGAUUAGAGCAACUACAUCAAAGGGCCUGCGGGGUACUCUCGAGAAAGUUGCUACUUGGCCCUUUGAUCUCUACACGAAGCUAUCCACCCCCUUCGACGAACAUUCACUUACCAUUUAUCUCCUUUACAGUUCCAAGCACCCUCUUUAUUCGGUCUUUACGCUUAAGAUAUUCACCGCACGUAUCUACGUUAUCUGCGAACCUUCGCUAAUUCAAGCUGCAUAUCGAAACACGAAAGCGUUUGAUUUUACUACAUUUGUCGUUGAUUCUUCGAAACGUGCGUUCAAUAUUGGCGAGCAUGGAAUGAAAAUAAUCCGCGGGGAAACUUCACCAGAUUAUGACCCGAAAGGGCCGUUUUUGAAUGGGAAUAAUGGGAUAUCGUACCUGAACGAGAAUCAUGGAUUGAUGGUAGAAUACUUAGGACCCGGUGGGAGUCUGCUAGAAUUGAACAAAGGAGUUCUGAGUGCUGUUGCUGAUAUCCUCCACAAGCUUGAUCAGAACUCUGGGAAAGUAUCCCUCUAUAAAUGGAUUAGAGAUACCCUUACGUUGGCUACUUCUGCGUCUCUUUACGGGCCACACGAUCCCGUGAGUGCUAAUCACAGCCUCAUAGAUUCUCUCUGGGACUUCGAGGAAAACAUGACAAUGCUUAUGCUUGAAUUUCUUCCUACAUUUAUCUGCCCGAAAGCUUAUCAUGGCCGUAGAGCCAUAAAAACUGCCUUUGCAUCCUACUAUGCUUCAUCACAUCAUACGUCCGCCAGUACACUCAUCAAAUCACGAUUAGAGUGCUCCCAGAAAUGGGGUCUCACGGCCGAGGAGAUUGCGAACAUCGAAAUCUCUACGCUUUUCCUCGCGACAACCAAUUCAGCACCAACAUGUUUUUGGUUACUUGUUAACAUUCUUUCAGAUCCGGCUUUGAUAUCUUCCAUUCAGACCGAGAUCUCCAAUAUCAUAUCGAAAAACAAAGAUGAGGAUGGAAUAGAAGAAUGUGUCAUGGACAUUACUCUGUUCCAAUCCCGUUGUCCUAUAUUAAUGUCGUGCUUUCGCGAGACGCUUCGUUUCGCUGAUGCGGCAACAUCUGUCCGAUCCGUCACCCAAGAUGUAAUCCUCACAUCAUCAACCUCUCAAUCGUCAUUUUUGCUUAAAGCUGGAAACGUCAUACAACUCCCUUCUGGCGUCACUCACAAUUCGCCGUCAAUCUGGGGGCCAGACGUUAAUUCAUUUAAUCCGUUUCGAUUCCUACCAAGUACCAUUGCGAAACUGGGAAAAGAACAGAAGAAACUACAAACACAGGGAUAUUUUCCCUUUGGUGGUGGAAAGCAUUUAUGCCCAGGAAGACAUUUUGCCACAACCGAAAUCCUCUCACUUGUUGCUGCUAUUAUUAUGGGAUUUGAUAUCUACGGUUCAAGUGUGCCGGAUAGAGCGUUUCAAAAGCUUGGCACGGCGGUUAGGAAACCUAAAAAUGAUGUUGAAGUCAACAUAAAGAGAAGAAAAGGCUGGGAAAAUGUCAUAUGGAGAUUCAAUGCUCAGGGUGAUGUUGAUUUUGAGGCUUUGGUGGGAGAGAAGACUGAUACCUGAGUCGCGAAGGUUGUCUUGCUAGAUUUUGAGACUAGCCAUCAUUCCCAGGUCAGCCCGAAUCGCAAUCCGACAAAGAUCGUUUCGUAUCCCGAAUUCGUUUUGUACAUUGAAUCUUUUCGAUAUGUUAUUUACACUUAGACGUGAUUAGAACUCCCGAGCUAUGGUGGUGAACAGCCGCUCAAUAUACUAUCCAUACUUG